CAUUAUUUGAAUGGAAAAGGUUUUCAAUAUUAUAAUUUUAAAGACUACUUUCAAAGGUAUAAAAAAUUACCUAACGUACAAAAACAACAUCACUUUUAUUUCACUUCUCGACAUCCUGGAGUAGCUUUUUACAAAGAUAAACUCGGGGAUGAUUAUAAAAAGCUACU